AUGGAUUUCUCCGGCUUGUUUCUCACUCUCUUUGCAACGGCUCUGUUUCUCUGUUUACUCCGUUUUAUCACCGGAUUCCGCCGUAGCUCCUCCUCGAAACUCCCUCUUCCUCCGGGAACAAUGGGUUAUCCAUACAUCGGCGAAACAUUCCAGCUUUACUCACAAGACCCAAAUGUCUUCUUCACAUCAAAACAACAAAGAUACGGAUCGGUGUUCAAGACUCAUGUAUUAGGAUGUCCAUGUGUGAUGAUCUCAAGCCCUGAAGCAGCGAAAUUCGUGCUCGUGACUAAGUCUCAUUUGUUUAAACCGACUUUUCCGGCGAGUAAAGAGAGGAUGCUUGGUAAACAAGCCAUCUUCUUUCAUCAAGGAGAUUAUCAUGCUAAACUCAGAAAGCUUGUCUUAAGAGCCUUCAUGCCUGAUUCAAUCAGAAACAUGGUCCCAAACAUUGAAUCAAUCGCUCAAGAAUCCCUCAGUUCUUGGGAUGGAACUCAAAUCAACACUUACCAAGAAAUGAAAACAUACACUUUCAACGUGGCAUUGAUCUCAAUACUCGGAAAAGACGAAGUUUUUUACAGAGAAGAUCUAAAACGAUGCUACUACAUACUAGAGAAAGGUUACAAUUCGAUGCCGAUUAAUCUCCCGGGAACACUAUUCCACAAAGCAAUGAAAGCUCGCAAGGAGCUAGCUCAAAUCCUCGCCAAGAUCUUAUCCAAGAGAAGACAAAACUCAUCUACACACAAAGAUCUUCUCGGAUCAUUCAUGGAAGACAAAGAAGGACUAACCGACGAACAAAUCGCCGAUAACAUCAUCGGAGUUAUCUUCGCCGCUAGAGACACGACGGCGAGUGUUCUUACGUGGAUCCUCAAGUACUUAGCUGAUAAUCCAACUGUUCUAGAAGCUGUCACUGAAGAGCAAAUGGUGAUAAGGAAAGGGAAAAAAGAAGGAGAGAGUCUCACUUGGGAAGAUACAAAGAAGAUGCCAUUAACCUAUAGAGUCAUUCAAGAGACAAUGAGAGUUGCUUCAAUCCUAUCUUUCACAUUUAGAGAAGCUGUUGAAGAUGUCGAAUACGAAGGAUAUUUGAUACCAAAAGGAUGGAAAGUAUUGCCGCUAUUCAGAAAUAUUCAUCACAACGCUGAUAACUUCUCGGAUCCUGGAAAAUUCGAUCCAUCGAGAUUUGAAGUUGCGCCGAAACCGAAUACAUUCAUGCCAUUUGGAAAUGGGAUUCAUUCUUGUCCGGGCAAUGAGUUAGCUAAACUUGAAAUCUCCACUCUAAUCCAUCAUCUUACCACUAAGUACAGGUGGUCAAUUAUUGGACCUAGUGAUGGAAUUCAGUAUGGGCCGUUCGCUCUACCUCUGAAUGGAUUGCCUAUUGCCUUGGAACGAAAGCCGGAGUGGAAUUUACGAGAAUACCCCUAA